CGUUUCCAACCUGGUCAUUUUUAUUAUAAGCUAGGCACUUUUCAGGUGCACACUGGAACAUUCAGAGUUGUGUUCAUAUAGGCUCACCAGAAACUUGUAGACUGUUCUCCUGUUUGGUCUAAAUUUUUCUCAAAAAGAUCUGACUUUCUCGUAAACGUCGAGGAUAUUUUGGCUCAAACCUGCAUUUAAUUAUAGUUAUCGGUUAUGUUAGCUGUGGGGCAGAUGGACGGGUCCCGACAGAGCGCUUUUCUCCUGAGCACCCCUCCUUUAGCAGCGCUGCACAGCAUGACCGAGAUGAAGACCCAACUGUACCCAGCCUACCCACUCUCUUCAACGUCUUCUACCUCACCUACUGCCACCUCGCCAAAUCCCGGUGGCAACCCGGUCUCCUCACCAGGGAUCAAAACCUCCACAGGACUCUCAUCUCUCGGAUCACUCCACCAUUUCUCUCUCGCCACCCCUCACGGAAUAAAUGACAUCCUCAGUCGUCCCGCAGUUGUUUCCGCGGGAGCUGCAGCUGCAGUUGCGGCUUCCUCGUCUGCCGGAAUUUUGUCAGGGCUGCCCCGAUUUAGUAGCCUAAGUCCUCCGCCACCCCCUGGACUUUACUUCAGCCCAAGUGCUGCAGCAGUGGCAGUGGCCCGCUAUCCGAAACCGUUAACUGAUCUACCGGGAAGGACUCCGAUUUUUUGGCCAGGCGUCAUGCAAAGUCCACACUGGAGAGACGCCAGAUUCGCGUGUUCCCCCCACCAGAAUUCUGUUCUUCUUGACAAGGAUGGAAAAAGAAAACAUACACGUCCAACGUUCUCUGGACAGCAAAUCUUUGCUCUGGAAAAGACGUUUGAACAAACGAAAUAUCUUGCUGGUCCAGAAAGAGCACGGCUUGCCUAUUCGUUGGGAAUGACAGAAAGCCAAGUAAAGGUAUGGUUUCAAAACCGAAGAACUAAGUGGAGAAAAAGACAUGCGGCCGAGAUGGCAUCAGCGAAGAAGAAGCAGGAUUCAGAGACCGAGAGGCUGAAAGGGGCCUCGGAAAAUGAAGACGACGAUGAUGAUUAUAACAAACCCCUGGACCCCAACUCAGAUGACGAGAAAAUCACACAGUUACUGAAAAAACACAAACCGAACUCCUCGCUCCUUAUUCAUACGUCAGAGAACGAAAGUUCUUAGGCAAGGGGAAAACAGACUACUGGUAGCCUACAAAAAGCAACGUGGAAUUUGUGCAAGAUGUGCCGUUUUUGGUCCAAAUGUUGAAGUAUGUUUGCACGAGGACGGAGGACUCUUGCCAGGAAUAGAUGCAGUUUUAUAGCGUGGAACAGUGGCCAAAACAAAGACUGCGAUUUAUAGAAGUUUCAACAUUGAGAAGAUGGUACUUACAUGUAAAUAGAAACGUGAGUUGUAUUCAAUAGAAAUUAUAUUACUGUGAAUAAUUUAUGUGUAAAAAAAAACUGUUUUGUAUAGAAAGCACUGCUGAGUUUCUUAGUUUGUUUGACACCUGACCCAAAGCCCUGACAUUCAUUUGCAAAUGCAUAACCUGGUUUCGUUUUCGUUUUUUUAUAUCCUUAAAUUGCAUUUCACAGUAACUUCGAUCCAUUCAUAGUUGUGUGUGAUUGCCAACAAUUAGACCUACAUUGAAAACUUGCUAAACCAAGCAGCAAGCUAAACCAAAUCAAUGGAUCAGUAAAAAUGCCUAGGCCUUUUUAAUGUUAAUUUUUACUUACAUUUUUUAAUUAGCCUAAUAAUUUACCUGUAUAUAGAAACUGGUUUUGACACUUAUGUUAUAGGCCUAAUAAUGCAUAACAUUUGUCUCUCAUUGGACCCCUCACACACACACACACAUACACACGUACACUCACACAAACACAACUUUACUUAAUUUAUAUAAUGUUUAAGUUCGUAAUAGUGACCGAAUCCUGCAUAAUUGUGUAUGGCAGGGUCAUGUAUA